GCAGCUUCAACAUUUGCUGUGUUUUCUCUGCCUGGUUUGGGCCGCGCGGGGGGAAGAGUGCAUCGAGCCUUUCCCCGUGCGUAUUGUGGAUAUGACCCCACCUCCCUUUCCUACGGAGAGCCUUAUUCGGAAUACCUCGGUCAUUGGCCUAGGAUACGUGAAGAGCAUCAAUGACCUGGCGGACGCUCGACACAAGGAAGUGACAUUCAUGGUCUUCAACGCACUGUGCUAUGACCGCUGCAUCGACAAACUGAAGUUCAAAUUCGUGGAUGACGAUGACCACGGCGCGAGAGACGGGUUCCUUCACUAUCGGUUUACGGAGGACACUGAGAAUUAUUACCUCUUCCUUCAGCGAGUAGGGAAUGAGUCUACUUUCAGAAUUCUGGACGUGAGGCAUGAGUAUGACUUUGAGCAGGAUUUGGCCGUGCGUUAUUUCAAAGCGUGCGCAGCGACGCGGAUUCGACCAGACGACGAAGCCACGUGGUACGAGACGAAGAACGGAGCCCAGACGACCUUCGUGGUGGCCAAGGGCGACUACGUCACCCUCAAAUGCGAAGCGCCCUUCGAGAAAACGCUUUAUGGCUUCGAAGGAUACACUCUCACUCUAGACUUCCUCGGUGGCGGAGAGGUCAAACAAUCCCAUGUGAGCCUCCUGGCCGAGGCGAGACAGACCGUCACCUGCACCGCCACCAUGAAGGGACGCCCGCAGGAGGUCCUCGGCCGCUCAGCUCUCACCCUCGACGUCGUAGAUCCGCCGUACCUUAACCUGUCUACGGAACGCCCCGUGUUGACCUUGAGCUACCAUGACCUGGGAGAGAACCCUGUGCUCUCGUGGCCCGUCAAGUUCAUGGGUUUCCCUGAGCCAGUCUUCCAGCUCAUUCACCCCAAUGGGCAAGAGGUGCAACGAGGCAAUUGCAGAAACCUCGUCGACAAUGCCACCGUCUGCCACUUCGGGAGUCUCCCUCUGUCGCUCUCUGCCGGCGAAUUCGACCACGGCCUGUUCACCCUCGUGGCCUCCGCCGGGAGUGUGCAGAGGAAUGUUUCACUCAUGCUCAACCUGUCCGACCCAGAUCCACCAAGCUGGCUGACACAAGACCCGAGAAGGAACAGUUCCAUCAAGGUUCAUCCUGACCAAACGAUCGACUUAAACUGUACCGCUGUAGGAGUACCUCGGCCAACGUACUUGUGGAAGAAGGACAAAGAAAACGUGGCUUAUGAAGAAGGCUUCGUGGAGGCAGAUGAGUCAGGCGCUGUGCUGAGCCUGAGGAAAAUACGGACCAAGGACGCUGGCUUGUACGUGUGCUUGGUGCAGAACCGAGCGGGGUCCUUGUUCGCGCGCUUUGACCUCCAGAUUGUGAACGAGCAUAAAGCCAUUCUGUGGACAGUCGUCGCGCUCGGGUUGGUCGUUCUGCUGUGUGCGGCUGGAGUCAUCUACAGCAGAGGCAGAAUAUGGUUCUACUCCCGGAAUAACAGACGGGAGGCGAAGAAAGACUGGGAGGCCGGAAACCCUAGUGCCAUAACCUCUGACCUGAGUCUUCAAGAGCAGGCCGAUCUGCUUCCAUACAAGGGCAAGUUCGAAGUGUCGAGAAACAACAUUACCUUUGACAAGUUACUUGGCUGCGGUGCAUUUGGGCGCGUGUACAGAGCACAACUGGAGAUUCCGGACACUGACACCGCCCCUGUCACCGUGGCUGUCAAGAUGGUGAAAUCUCGCAAGGACAAUUUGCAACUCAACGCCUUGCAAUCGGAGCUCAAGAUCCUCAUCCACAUUGGACAGCACGUCAACAUCGUCAACCUGGUGGCCGCGUGCACCAAGAACUUGCACACAAAGGGGGAGCUGAUGAUCCUCGUGGAAUAUUGCCGCUUCGGGAACAUCCUGGACUUCAUGAGGAGGAACCACAGAACCUUCGUGAACCAGCUCGACCCUGAGACGGACUCCAUCAACCCGAGUGUGGCGCGGCUGCCGCAGGAGAACUUCAGGACCUCCGUCGCCGACAUCGUGUACAUCAGUGAAGGCCGCGUAGCUUUCCAGAACGUCGACAGCAACGCCACCUGUCCUGGCCUCUUCCCGACGUCUCGAGAGAUGCUUCUGAGCAGCACGCAGCACUCCCAGGCUCUGACCAACGUCGACUCCGAGAUGAGUACUAUGACGCUGAUCAGCGACACGCACAACAUGGAGGCCCCGAGCGCUCCGUCCGACCCCGAGGAGAGAGACAAGCCGCUGUGCUCCCGGGAUCUCCUGUGCUGGGCCUUCCAGGUGGCGCGGGGCAUGGAGUACCUCGCGUUCAAAAAGGUUUUGCACGGCGAUCUGGCAGCGAGGAACAUUCUGCUAAGCGAGAAGAACGUCGUCAAGAUCAGUGACUUCGGACUCGCCAAGGACAUCUAUAAGAACAAGAAUUACCAGAAGAGUAAGAAUGCGCCACUGCCGGUGAAGUGGAUGUCCGUGGAAGCCCUUCGUGAUGGAAUCUUCUCGACGCAGAGUGACGUGUGGGCCUUCGGAGUGGUCAUGUGGGAGAUGUUCAGCCUCGGGCGGACCCCCUUCCCCGGCGUCACCGUCGACGAAAAUUUUGUGAAGAAACUCGAGUCGGGGCUGAGGAUGGAGCGGCCUCGGUUCUCCACGGCGGCUCUGUACAAGGUCAUGCAUGACUGUUGGAAGACAAAGCCCGAGGGGAGGCCUGCCUUCGGGGAACUAGAGAAGACCCUGAGCCGGAUGCUGACCGAAGGGGACAAGGCGUAUCUGGAGAAGAUCCAGGAGCCCUACAUCGAGGAAGACUUGGCGGAUGACGAAAGGCACGGUUUCUACAUGGACAUGGCGUGCAAGCCCACACAUUGCGACCCCGUUCAACAGAAAUCCUUCGUAGCCGGUUCUCCGGCUGGAGACACGCCCCGGGGCGCUCCUCCGGCCGUCUCGUCCACGCUCCAGCCGCCUUCGACGUCCCCGGGUCUCCGCCCUUCGACGCCCGCGAGUCUUGCGCCCCCGACGGACGCGAAGAAAGGCUACGUGGUCCUGGCGUCGCUGGAUCGCCUCCUAUGCCAGCGGGAGGCGGGCAGCCCUUCCGAGGAGGAGGGGCCGCUCUACAAGAACAUCGAGGGCGCCAGAGACAGGCAGGAGCUCGGCUGUGAUGAGUGCGUGGAUGUGGACGACCUCUUCAGUUCGGAUUAGACUUGUCUUGCGCAGUCGCUUUGACUUUUUAGUUUCCAAUCGCUUUAAGUUUUCAUCUUUCGCUGAAGACUUUGAACAAAAAUUGUAGAUGAUAAGUAAAGAUAAGAGCUCCGGAACCCUUGCUCAGUUGAAACAAGAUCUGAAGUGAAGGGUUCAAGUAGCACCAGACUCUGACGCCGACGCCUGGGGCUGUGUGAAUAGCUAAGAAUGGCAACGUGUGAUCCUUAAUUUAUAAUUCAUUCUUCGUGUCAUAUCGCGAAUGGCAAACUAGUUGCGUAUCUCUGGACCAACGUUUCCUGGAUUCCAUGUUGUUUAAAGACCAUUAUCGAUCAUGAUUGCCGUCAAACAAUCUCAUUAUUUCCAAGAUUAGCUUAAUUUGAUUAGUCAAAUCUCUUGUGUUCGAAAAUCAAAAGUUUGUUACAGAACACUAUUGUGAGUCGGCUAAGAUUUACAAUUUGUAAUAAUAAUAAUAAUAAUAAUAAUAGUAAUAACUUUUGAAGUUAUCGUCAGAAACUGAAUAGAUUGUUUGGUGAUACAUACGGUGUUAAGAAUGACGAAAGCACUUCCAUUCGUUGGUUUGACAAUACAAGUGUCAUUGUCAGGGAUCUAAACACUUAAGUGGAUUGGUUUGGUGACAAAUGACAUUACAUGUGUUUUGUGUUUUAUGAAGUUCACAGUAAGUCAACUUUGAAAGAUUUUUUAGAUAUUAUUCUAGUCAGUAAAAUUCAGUGAUUUUUGACAUGAAAAUUGAUUUCAUAUUUCGGCUUUCUGUCCAAUAUUUACUCAUGUUAUAUAAUUUACUGAUGUUUAAAGCUCGAAAAAUUAAGACAAAAUAAGUUUUUUUUUUAGUCGAAUGAAAUAUUGUUAGAAAAAAUUUGUCUAGAUUAUUUAAUCUUAAGAUGCACACACACACACACACACACACAGAUACACACACACACACACAUACACACACACACACACGCACAUACACACACACACACACACACACACACACACACGCACACACACACACACACACACGUUCGCGGAACAGUUACAAGAAAAUGAAAUACGUGCAUGUCAAACCAACUCCACUUCCUAAACAUUGCUAUUCCAUAAACACUGAAACCUGACUUGAUGUCUGAUUGUAAUAAAUCAUAAGUGUACAA